AGGCGUGACUUGGCGGCAGCUACAGGUGCCUCCGUGUCCCUGCAGGUAGCCCCGAGCUCUGGGGGAGCCGGAGCCAGCCCUGCCCGCGCCCACUGGUGCCAGUUCUCUGGUUCCAUCCCCUGGUGCCAUCCCGCUGGUGCCCGGGGCGCUCCGCAGCGCGGCGCGGCGCGGCGAGCAUGGGCGAAGGGAGUUUCACCAAACUCCUCCAGAAAAGGUCGCUCCUCCGCUUCGUGCAGAAAUAUCAGCCCCUGGGAAGCGGCGAGCCGGAAGAGCCCCAGGAGGAGUGUGAGCUGAAGGUAAUCGAGCAGGAGAAGGAGGUGGCAGUCCUGCCCCCGAAGGACGCCUGUAAAUGCCACAAGGAGGAAUUGGCAAGAGCUUUACAUGUUGAUUUACAGACUGGGCUCUCUGAGGUUUCCGUGCUCCAGCGCCGGUCAAAACACGGCUGGAAUGAAUUCUCAGUCGAGAGCACAGAGCCAGUAUGGAAGAAAUAUCUGGACCAGUUCAAAAACCCCCUCAUCCUCCUGCUGCUGGCCUCAGCUCUAGUGAGUGUCAUCACCAAGGAGUACGAGGAUGCUGCGAGCAUCACCAUGGCUGUGCUCAUCGUGGUCACCGUGGCCUUCAUCCAGGAAUAUCGCUCGGAAAAGUCUCUGGAAGAACUGCACAAGCUGGUGCCCCCCGAGUGCAACUGCUUAAGGGAAGGAAAACUGCAGCACCUUCUAGCACGAGAGCUGGUGCCUGGAGAUAUCAUCUACCUGUCUGUGGGUGACAGGGUUCCUGCAGACCUCAGGCUCAUCGAGGUUACAGAUCUGCUGGUGGAUGAAUCCAGUUUUACUGGAGAAGCUGAGCCUUGCAACAAGACUGAUGGUGUCCUGCUGGAAGCUGGGGACAUCACCACGCUGAGCAAUGUGGUUUUCAUGGGGACCCUGGUGCGGUACGGGAAGGGAAAAGGCGUGGUUAUUGGCACAGGUGAAAAUUCCCAGUUUGGCGAGGUGUUCAAGAUGAUGCAGGCUGAGGAGACUCCCAAGACACCUCUGCAGAAGAGCAUGGACAGGCUGGGGAAGCAGCUGACCCUCUUCUCCUUUGGGAUAAUUGGUUUGAUAAUGCUCAUUGGCUGGCUGCAGGGGAAGCGUCUGCUCAGCAUGUUCACCAUUGGAGUCAGCCUGGCCGUGGCUGCCAUCCCUGAGGGCCUUCCCAUCGUGGUCACUGUCACCCUGGUGCUGGGAGUGCUGCGCAUGGCCAAGAAAAAGGUGAUUGUGAAGAAGCUGCCCAUAGUAGAAACCUUAGGUUGCUGCAAUGUCAUCUGCUCAGACAAGACGGGCACUCUGACUGCCAACGAGAUGACAGUGACCCGGCUGGUGACCUCGGACGGCUGCCAGGCAGAGGUCAGUGGGGUGGGCUACAAUGGAGAAGGAAAUGUUUAUCUUCUGCCAUCCAAAGAGAUCUUGAAAGAGUUUUCCAACAUCUCCAUUGGGAAACUCGUGGAGGCUGGCUGUGUGGUCAAUAAUGCUGUCAUCAGGAAAAACAGUGUGAUAGGACAGCCCACAGAAGGAGCUCUCAUUGCCCUGGCAAUGAAGAUGGAAUUAGCUGACAUAAAGGACAUUUAUGUAAGAAAGAAGGAAAUUCCAUUCAGCUCCGAGCAGAAGUGGAUGGCUGUGAAAUGCACACUGAAAAAUCAGGAUCAGGAAGAUAUCUACUUUAUGAAAGGAGCAUUUGAAGAAGUUAUCCAGCACUGCACUCUGUACAACAGUGGUGGCAUCUCAUUGUCACUCACCCCCCAGCAGAAAGCCCUGUACCAGCAGGAAGAGAGGAGAAUGGGCUCCUCAGGACUUCGAGUACUUGCUUUGGCUUCAGGUCCAGAACUUGGCAAACUAACAUUUCUAGGUCUGGUUGGAAUAAUUGAUCCCCCAAGGGCUGGAGUGAGAGAAGCUGUUCAAGUCCUGUUUGAGUCUGGUGUGUCAGUGAAGAUGGUCACUGGAGAUGCCCUGGAAACUGCUGUGGCUAUAGGACAGAAUAUUGGUCUGUGCAAUGGGAAGCUGAAAGCCAUGUCUGGGGAAGAGCUGGACCAACUGGCAGAGGCAGAGCUCUCCUCCACUGUCCAAAAUGUUUCCAUUUUCUUCAGAACAAGUCCAAAGCACAAACUAAAAAUAAUAAAGGCCUUGCAGAGGGCUGGAGCUGUGGUGUCGAUGACAGGGGACGGCGUCAACGACGCCGUGGCGCUGAAAUCCGCGGACAUCGGCAUCGCCAUGGGGCAGGCGGGCACGGACGUCAGCAAGGAGGCUGCCAACAUGAUCCUCGUGGAUGACGACUUCUCAAAAGUCAUGAACGCAAUAGAAGAGGGAAAGGGAAUAUUUUACAACAUAAAAAAUUUUGUCCGGUUCCAAUUGAGCACGAGUAUUUCAGCUUUGAGCCUAAUUACCCUGUCAACAGUGCUCAACCUACCAAAUCCACUCAAUGCUAUGCAGAUCUUAUGGAUCAACAUCAUCAUGGAUGGGCCACCUGCACAGAGCUUGGGGGUUGAACCUGUUGACAGGGACACCAUCAAGCAGCCGCCCCGGUGCAUCACAGACACCAUCCUCAGCAAAUCCCUGAUCCUGAAAAUCUUCAUGUCAGCACUCAUCAUCAUCAGUGGAACCCUCUUUGUGUUCUGGAAGGAGAACCCAAAAGGGGGCAUAACUCCCCGAACCACAACAAUGACUUUUACCUGUUUUGUGUUUUUUGACCUCUUCAACGCCCUGACAUGUCGCUCUCAGACAAAGUUGAUAUUUGAAAUUGGCUUUUUCCGAAACCGCAUGUUCUUGUACUCCGUGCUUGGGUCGUUUUUGGGACAGCUGGCUGUUAUCUACAUCCCUCCACUACAAAAGAUCUUCCAGACAGAGAAUUUAGGAGUGUUAGACCUGCUGUUCCUCACCGGCCUGGCUUCCUCAGUGUUCAUCGUGUCCGAGCUCAUCAAGCUCUGUGAAAAGCGCUGCUGCCACCCAAAGCACACAAAGGGAUGUCACAACUGAGAGACUGCUCUACAACACACUUGGAACAGAGCUGUGAUGCUGGAUAACCCUGAAGGUCCUCAAGUGCAUCUGUACCAACAGUCCUUACACCAGAGACUCUCCUACCCACUCCCCCAGAGUGGCUCCUGGUUCAAACCAAGAGCAGGUAUAUUUUUAUAACACUGAUCUGUAUUCCAGAAGGCUGUGCUAGCCCCAGACAAAAGAAGAGUUUCACACCUGUACAG